AUGGAAGCUGCCGUCAAAUCGCCUUCUGAAGGCGGAAGCGAAAGUUCCCACAAGAUCGCUAGCGCCGACUGUGCAGAUCCUCCUCCCCCUGUAAUAUCUUCGGCCUUUGACAUUCCAGCCGUCCUCCAGACCGGAGAAAGCAUGCUGAAGGUAACUCACAAGAAGGUCAUGCAGCGCCUCUUCAAGAUCGAUCCUGAUCGGGGCCAGAUUGUCUGGGCCAGCAAGAAGGGAAAUCGCAUCAACUUGGAGUCCAUUCGCGAGGUUCGCAUUGGCGCGUCAGGAGCGUCCUUUCGCACAGCGCUCAGCAUUUCUGUCGCUCAUGAGCCUCGUUGGAUCUCAAUCAUCUACCAGCAAGUAGGAGCAUACAAAGCUCUUCAUCUCAUUGCGGUCUCGGACGGAUCUCUGGAACGGUGGCGGGAAACUCUAGAGCGGUUGCGCGGCCUUCGUCAGCAGCUCCUCGAUGGAAUCGUGGGGAUGGAACAAAGGAACGACCUUUGGCUGCGACAGCACUGGAAGGGUGCCGACUCGUCCGAAGACGAGAAGUUGAGCUUCAAGGAAGUUGUCCGCCUAUGCGCACGCCUAGGGAUGCAAGCCAGUCGCACGGAGCUGCUGGAGCGCUUCAGACAGGCAGACCGCAAGGGCAGAGAUUUUCUUGACUUUGACGACUUUCAAUACUUUGUGAUGCUCUUGAAAAGGCGGCAAGAGGUGGAAGAGCUGUUUUCGGAGUGGGCAGACCUGACUCUUGGCGCAUGCAUCUCCCUCGAGAGAUUUCGUGCGUUCAUGCAGCAGGAACAAGGCGUGAGUUCAGCCAAUGGGUCGAGGGCUGCCGUCGUCAGUUCUCUGUUCGCCAAGUACAGCAGUCGAAGACAUGGCGGUCUCCUCUACGACGGCUUCAGUGCGUUUUUGCAGUCCGAGGACAAUGCUGCCAUUAGGGAUGCUUCUUCAAAGACAGACGAGCCCGCGACUGAAGGUUCCCGGCAAGCCGUCAUGCCGCAACCAAUGGAUCAACCUCUCACGCACUACUUCAUCAGCUCCAGUCACAACACCUACCUCGUUGGCGGUCAGUGGCGAGGAGACAGCACAGUGGAGGGCUACAUCAGAGCUUUGUCGAACGGGGCUCGAUCUGUGGAGCUCGAUUGCUGGGAUGGUCCCAAUGGUCAGCCUCAAAUCACCCACGGCCAUACCUUGACAUCCAAGGUGCCCUUCAAAGACGUGAUCGCUGCUAUCGCUCGCUACGCUUUUAUCAAGUCACAGUACCCGCUCAUCCUCUCUCUAGAGGUUCACAAUGAUCUUCCGCAGCAGACGACUAUGGCCAAGCUUCUCCGCGAGCUUCUUGGGGAGGCUCUUCUCUGCGAAAAGCUUCCUAAAGCUUCUAGAGCGAACGAGCUACCAACCCCGGAGGAGCUCAGGGGCAAGAUUCUGGUGAAAGCCAAGAACAUCGACCUGGCUCCAGAAGAGCCGACAGAGGAGAUCUCAGCAGACAGUGACUCCGAAGCCGCUUCUGACUUGGCGCUGAUCACAUCAUCGAGCUAUUCCUCAGCCACUGAAACCGGGUCGGAGUCAGACAACGGCUUUUUUGCCAGUGCAAGAGGUCUUGUUCGUUCGGUCAGGAAUCGCCGUCGGGGUGACUCGGGGAACAACAAGACCACGGUAGCACCAGAGCUAGCUGCGCUUCUGGUCUAUACUGUAGGCGUCAAACACCGAGGUAUCAACAAGAAGGAAGUCUAUGCUCCAGAGCAUAUGAUAUCGCUCUCGGAAAAGACUGCAUUCAAAUAUGCUCGCGAUCGGGUGCUUCGUGAGAAUCUGAUCAAACACAAUCGCACGCAUCUGACCAGGACGUACCCAAGCAUGGGCAGUAUUGCUCGCCUGCAUGCGAGUGCCAACUACUUCCCACAUCAUCUGUGGGCGAUUGGCUGUCAGCUCGUGGCUCUCAACUGGCAGACUCUAGAUAUCGGCUACACUCUCAACCAGGCCAUGUUUACCCGCAAUGCAGGCUGUGGCUAUGUACUCAAACCUUCAGGACUGCGGACCAAGGAUCUCCUCAAGAACACAGAUGCGAAGGUACGCUGCGUUCUGGAUGUAACAGUCAUCUCAGCCCAGCAACUGCCACGCCUGCGUGAUGUUAUUGAGGCGGUUGAUCCAUUCGUCGUUCUCUCUCUGCUCGCACCGGAAAGCUGGGGUAAGCAGCCUCAAGAUCUGCUUUCCUCGGCCUCUGAUGUGAAAUCUAGCGUUCACAAUCCCACCUCUAGGCCAGCUCAACGGACCUCGUCACCUGAACAACGGGGCGCAAAGGCUGCCGGAUCCGAAGUCGAAGCCUCACCUCCUCCAGCCUACCUCAGCCUACAAAGUGAAGCCAGGCGAUCUGUGCCACCACCCUCUUCUUCACCAGAGAAGCAGGCCCCCUCGCGUCCUCCACUGCGCCCCUCGGCUAGCAGCAACAUGGGUCCUCGGAGUGCCACAUUUGCCACGCACAUCGUCAAAGGCAAUGGCUUCAACCCGAUCUGGAACUGUCCUCUCCAAAUCGCCAUCGAUGUCCCUGCCGGCGAAGCUGCUGUAGAAGCUCUGUCAAAGGGCGUCGUCCCACCAGACCAGGUAGACACCCUCACGCGCGGCCUCCUCGAUCUCGCUUUCCUCCGCUUCGAAGUCUGCGAAGACGUCAAUCGCUCUCAGGCCUCUCUGGGCAGCUCGCCUCCACAACUGACGCCGCCUGUACUUAGCAGCGGUGCGGUCUUGGCCUCCUAUACGGCCAGUAUCGGCGGGCUGGAGAGGGGUUAUAGACAUGUGCCCCUGUAUGACGCGCAGCUGCAGAGGUACCCCUUUUCGACCCUCUUCAUCAAGAGCAAAUUGAGAGUCGCUGGGCUGACCGAUGCGAGUGGGAAGUUGCUCAGCAGUCCUUGA